AUGGCGAGUAAGAAAGAAGGAUUCUCUCUAGGAGGGAGUCUGAAUAUAAAGCCUCCUCUCGACCCCGAAAAAAGGAGACUUGAGAAAAAGGCUGCCGACCUGGAACGUGAAAAGAAAACCGCCGAAAUCAAAGCCAAAGAAGAUCAACAGAAUGCACUCAAGAAACCCGAAAAAUUCUCCACGGGAGGAAGUAUCCCUGAUUUGAAGCCACCCCCCAAUCCCGAAGCAAAGAAGCGUGAAGCAGAAGCUGCCAAAAAGGCCGCUGAACUCAAGUCCAAAGAAAAUUCACAGAAUUCUACAUCGAAUGCCCCCCCAAAAGGUGAGAAAUUCUCUAUGGGAGGAAGUAUCCCCGGCUUAAGGCUUCCCCCGAACCCGAAACAAAAGAUACAUGACCAGGAAGCGCAAGCUGCCCAGCAAAAACUUGAUGAUAAAGCCGCAGAACUCAAAGCGCGGGAAAAGCCACGUGCCACGAAAGAAGCCCCACCCAAAGCUAAAACGACAACCAAGCCUUGGAAGAUCCGCGAAUUGCACCCACCCGACAGCCCAGAAGCCCAAAGACUUCAUCAGUGGUUCAUGGACCCUGUCCGAAACGAAUUAUGGGCACCGGUAUUGGAUCCAUCUGCGCCAGGAGGGGAGCGAAACAUGUUCCUAUCUCAAUGGGAGAAAUGGUUAAAAGAGCAUGCCAAAGAACCUGAACGAAGGGAAAGACGUAAACGAAGCCCUUCUCCAGACCAAAGGCACAGGCGCCGAAGUAGAACGCCGAGACCCCGCUCACCUGUUGACCUACCAAAGACUCGUGAUAAAUCCCGAGUACGAACUGGAAGCACCGAACGGCGACCAGAAGGUAAAACCAGACGUACUAAUGACCCAUACGACCGGGAGCAUGAAGCCAAAAUUCCUCAUCGUCCUCGGCGGCACAGAGAUUACGACAACAUUCCCGACGACAAACCGUCAGGAGUGGAUGUUGAGUCAGCAGAGCGAGCGGAGAGGAAGAGGAAGGAAAAAGAAAGUAGACGGCGAGAUGAAGAAGAAGACCGGCUUCAAGAAAAAAAACGGCUCAACAAGGAACGCCGCAAAAACGAAGAAGAUUAUCAAAGAAGAAAAAGGAGAGAAGAUGCAGAUAUAAAAGCUCAACAAGAUUACAUAAAAGCGAGUCAAAAACCCGGACGAGAGACAGAGGGGAAGAGAGACAGGGAGAGGGAAAGGGACAGGGACAGGGGGAGAGACACAGAAGAGGAGCUAGCGAGGAAGAAGAGAGAAAAAGAGAAAUUAAGAAACAGAACCGAGCCUCGACCCACCGCACCACCAUACAAUAACCCCCCCAGUAGAUCCAACACCGGCGACAUGCAUAUGCGUAAUAAUACGCCCUUGCCCCCAAACACAAAAAUCCACUACAGCGCUCGAGGUGCCGAACAUGAUAGGAUCGUACCCAUCAAUCCCAAUCCCAAUCCCAAUCCCAAUGCAUAUCCUAACCCCAAUGCAUAUCCUAAUCCCAAUGCCUAUUUUCCUCCGCCUCCAACAGAUCCACGUUAUAGUCGACACGGUCCACCUCCACCCUCAGGCUACUGA